CUGCAUUUGGUGUACUCCACAUUAUUUUUUAUAAAAUAAAUGAGUUUGUUAUCAGAUACGAGCGUAAGUUGUUUUUAAAUAACAAAUAUAUUAAUAAUUAAAAUACCUAUUUGUUAUUUAAAAACAAAUCAACCGCCGCGCCGCCCGCGCCGGCCCUCACUGUGUCAGUGUGUCUUAUUUACUCUGCUACAGGUGUCGUCGUUGCAGCACGUUUUAAGUUUUAAGCACGUUUAAAACUGUUUAAAAGCACCAGAAAGCACGUUGCAGUUCGACCGGCCGCGCCGUGCGUGGGUGGUAUUAAGUUUUUGGUUUUUGUUUUUAUAUCUUAUCAUAAUCUUAUCUUACAUCGGCCAUUGGCAUAAUUUGCAUCUCAGCCAUCUCGUCUUCGUAGUAUAUUCUGUGAUCUCGUCGUUCUGUGCGUGUCGCUGUGAUAUCAUAUCUUAUACUGUUUUGGGUUUUAGUAAGUUUUGGGUAGGGUUAUAAUAGACAUGGAAGACGAAGAUCAAAAUGAUCUGGAAACAUUUCUUGAUGAAAAUGGCUUCCAUUUUAUAAUUGAUGCUUGUCGAGGUAAGUAGGACUAUUAGCUAUUUCGAUAUAAGUUUCACAGCUAAAUGCUGUUAAUUUGAUUCAUACAGCUAAGUUAAAAAAGUUAAUUAUAUGUGAUUACUUUGUUAGUUAAAAUGAUUAUAUUUAUCUUAUUACUUUAAAUUGUAUUGCUAAAUCGAAGCGUCCUAAAGUACCUAAUUUACGUUUAAUUAAUAAUAAAUAAACUAAACUUAACAGCAAAUAUGCUUGCAUUUUUAUAAAUAUAUUUGUUAGCUAAACGUAAACUGUAAUUUAAAAUUAAUAAUAUUGGGUUCUGUUAAGCAAAUUUAUUAAUAGUAAAUAACAGAUUGAAAGCCUUAAAAAUCUCCAAAAAAAAAUGACGCGGAUAGUUUAUGAGUUGGACCCAAAUGACAGGCGGUGAAUCAGUUCUUCAAAGUAAAGAAUAUUUUAGAUUUUUGAUCAUUUUAAACUGCUGCUGCUGCCUGGUAGCAAAUGGCGUGGAUAGCUUGCAAACAUUAAAACAGAUUGUUGGUGAUGCUAAUGAAUGUAAGGAAUUUAUUCCUCAAUUGGGGCAACGAAUCAAAUUGAAGGCAAAAUUGGAUGGCAUUAAUUUAGAACAUAACCAAAGUCAAAUAAUUAACAGUGAAGAAAAUAAUGAAGAAAUAUCAGAAGAACCAGGUGCAAAUAAAGUAUUUGUCCUAGAUGUCGAUAACCAGCCUAUGCCAGUUGCACCUAAUAUACAAAAUGUACAAUUCUUGCUAAUGGAUGACGACUUAUCGCUUCAAAAUAAACCUUGCUCCGAUUUAUCAAUAGCUUCAACCUCAACCACUACACUAGUUGAACCGGCAAAUGGUAUCAAUGAAGUGAUUUUGAAUUUUAAUAUUUCUCAACUAUUGGAUGCUACGUCUAUGGGAAGAGCUGUAAAGGCGCUGUACAAAGCAAAAAAAACUCUAAGUAGUAAAUGUCAAUCAUAUUUAGUUGAAAUAAUCGUUCAGCACUUUAUUAAUGCUGUACCAUUUAGAAGACUAACUAACGAAGACUUUCGAAAAAUAUCAAAACUCAUUGUUGAAGAAUUUCCAAACGAACUACCUCAAGUCUAUUUCACUUCCCCAAUAAGGAAAAGGAAUUCACGGGACCAAAAAACUGGUAUUGCCAGGGGAAAAUUGGUAGAUAAAUAUAGGAAUAGAUUAACCUUCCUAAGAGAUUCCGGUAUUCUCUUAUCAUCCAGAAGUUCAUUAGAGGUCAAUGACGAUACUACAGAUGCCUCAGAAAAUUUUGAUUACAAUGGUGACCACGAUGAAAUCAUUACGUGGCUCAAAAAUAAUCAAGAGCCAUGGUCCGAUGUAGUUUCUAAAUGGAAUGCCACAUAUGAAUAUAGACAAAGGUUGUACAUGCGUCACGAAAAUCUUCAAGAAAUUUUGGCCGUAUUUCCUAUCAUACAAAAUCCUUUAGGGCAUAGGUUGAUAGACAUUGAUUUUGAAAAAAGAUUUCCAAGCCACAACCUAUUGUAUAAUAAUUUUGAAACAGUUUUUAAUAAACUGUUGGAACUGAAGAAAAAAAGUUUAAAUCAAAGUGAUUCCCUAAUAGUGGAUAUCAUUAAGAGCAACACUAUAAAUAACGAUAGUCGUCACUAUUUGAUGCUAAUGCUAUUACCAGCUUUACUACCAACCAAGACCUAUAAUAAAAAAGGAAAAAAUAGCUGGUAUCCAACAUCAACUGAAAUAAUCAGUGGAAUAGUUAUUCAAGUUAAGAUUCCAGGAGACAUCCCUAAUAUAAUUGACGAAAAGCGCAAGAAGUUGGUCAAAUAUGGUUUGCCAUUACUGCCAUUUGUUAUAAUCGAGGGUGCUUCCUAUACAGAUAUAAACCAAAUUUAUGUAAGUUACGAUAGUAUCAUGUAUAGAGUAGUGUCAGUUUUAAAGGCUGUAGAUAUUUGUUUUCAACUGAUGCAUACAUUAAAUUUAAAAUAUCCCUAUGAGUGUGAACAUGUGUGGAUGUUUAUACAAUUGGGAAUUUAUAAUUUGAAAACAGUCUAUGACAAAAUACCAAAUAUUCUAGAUAUAGUGAACAAGAUUAAGUCUUCGGAUUAAAUCAAAAGAAUCUCAACUAAGCAAUGAAGUGCAAACAUUGCUUAAAAAUUUUUGUUAAAAACCAAAGUUUUUUUGCUCACAUGACAGCCACUCAUAGAUUUUUAAAUUCAUUUUCUUGUUGCUAUUCCAAAUGCACUAGAAUUUUCAGUUCUUUAUGUUCCCUCAAAAAACAUAUACUAACUUUUCACGAUGACAGUAUUUUUCACCAGUUGGAUGUACCGGUAACAGAACGCGAUACUUUUCAGCCAAAGCUAAAUACCCAGCCCUUUAGUAGUAACAUUAGUAGACAUAUCGAUGACGUAAAUAGAGAGCCAAAUGAAAAUUCACCUAAAAAUGUUCGAAAUAUGAUUGAAUUGCAAAUAUUAAAAUUUACUAGUAGAUUAUAUAAUAACAACACAAUUAACCGUUCAAUAGUGCAAGAAUUAUUAACUAAUACUUCUGAAUUAGUAUCAGGUAUUUUUUCCAACUUACUUGCAAAGUUGAAUUCUUCAUCAAUUAGUUGUUCAAAUGACAUUGAUUACAAAGAAUUAAUUUCUAUUCUAUCAUCUGAUUUAUUUUUAUCCACAAACUCAGAAUACAAACGAUUUCUGCUCAUGGAAAAACAUGAUGUUCUCAUUAAACCUAAAUCCUUUUAUAUUGGUAAUAUAUUUGAUAAUAAAAGUUCUUCUGCUACUUCCUCUAUUUUGAAUAUUAAAAAAUGUGAAGGACAAAUUAUUCCACUGAGGAUCGUGCUUCAAAAAUUAUUACUAAUUCCCAACGUUCUAGAGCAUAUGCUAGAAUACAUCAGAACCGAAGAAGCUAAUUCAGAUCACAUAUCCAGUUUAUUUAACAGUAGUUUGUGGAGAUCAAUUAAGACUAAAUUUAAAGGUAAAGUAAUUUUACCAUUAUAUAUGUACUAUGAUGAUUUUGAAACGGGAAAUCCAUUAGGAACUCAAGCAGGGGUUCACAAGCUAGGUGGGAUAUAUAUUUCUUUUGCAGCUCUAGAACAAAAAUAUGCGUCACGGCUAGAAAAUAUUUUUUUAUGGGGCCUGAUUUAUUCUUCUGACAAGGCGUUUUUUUCUAACGCAGAAAUAUUUAGACCUUUUAUAGAUGAACUAAAGUUUCUAGAAUCCAAAGGAAUUACAAUUAAUGGACAAAAAAUAUAUUUUGUUGUGCCAUUAUUGUUAGGAGAUAAUUUAGGCAUAAGUUCAAUUAUUGGCAUGACUGAGAGUUUUUCUUCUAACUAUUUUUGUCGUGCUUGUUUUUCUCACAAAAGCGCUACAAAAAAUAUGGCUGUAGAAGAUUUAAAUACGCUUAGGGAUAAAUAUAACUAUGAUAUGCAUCUACAAGAAAAAACUCACGGCGUUAAAGAUUAUUGUGUGUGGAACGACUUAUCUUAUUUUCACAAUACUGAGAAUAUACACUUUGACCUGAUGCACGACUUAUACGAAGGUGUUUGUCGAUAUGAUUUUGGUAAAAUACUGAAAGAUUUAAUAUUUGAAAAAAAAUAUUUUACUAUUAACAUACUUAAUAAUCGUAUAAAAUACUUUAAUCAUGCGGACGUUGAUAUUGGUAAUAAGGUACCACCAAUUCCUUUAAAUCAUGUAGAAAAUGAAUUAAUUAUAAUGUCAUCAGCAGAAAUGCAUGCCCUUGUCACUUACUUUCCCCUGAUGAUUGGUGAUUUAGUUGACACGAUGGACGAAACAUGGCAUUUUUUUAAAUUACUUUUUAAUAUUGUCCAUAUUGUAUCAAAAAAUAGAAUUAAUAAAAGUGAGCUAAUUUACUUACAGUGUUUAGUUAAUGAACAUCAUCAACUUUAUAUUUCUCUUUUUCGUGGACAUUUGACACCUAAAUUUCAUUUUUUGACUCAUUAUUCAAGAGUUAUCAACAACGUUGGACCCUUAUCAAAACUUUCUUCAAUUCGGUAUGAAGCCUUUCACAAAAUAAGCAAGUCUAACUGUAAUGUAGUCUCUUCACGAGUAAAUCUUCCUUAUACCUUAGCUCUUAAACAUCAAUUAAAACUAUCCUAUAGAUUACUUAUAAAUCGGGGAUUUGUUGAUAAUGUCGAGAUAAGUACCUAUAAUAUAUCUCCGCUAAGUAUGCUCGAAAUACAACUUUAUGAGCGUAUUAUAGCAAACAUUGAAGACUAUUUUUUCGUAAAAUGGAUUAAAGUAAACGGAAUUACAUAUAAAAAAGGGUUAGUUUUCCAGAUUAGGCGUGAUUUUUUUGGGGAGCCAUUGUUUGCAUUAAUUGAAAAUAUAAUUCAUAAUGAGAAACAACAGACGUACCUUAUUUAUAAAAAGAUUGUUUGUUAUGGUAUUGACAAACAUUAUGAAGCUUACCAGGUUGAACAUAUUUUACCACAGAUACUUGCUAUCGACUUAAAUGAUGUUUAUUGGCCUUUCCUGACACAUAUGCAUACAUGUGGCAAUGGGAAUCGAUACAUAUCCUGUAUGAAUCAAGAACUAUAGUUAUCUAUUUUUAGGUUCACAAUCAAAAUUAAGAUUCUCAAUUUUUACCGUUCCCGGAAAAUUAGUUUAUUAAAGGUCUUUCACAUCCUCUCAGUUUAAAUUCCCGAUCGCUGCCGUGUGAGAAUGCAGAGCAUGCAUACAUUCCACCCGAAUCGAUAAAGAGGUUUAAAAUGUCUAUAAUUUACCAGUUUAACAUAUUUUUUAGUUAUUAAAUUAAGCUACAUUUUAAACCAUCUUUAGCGAUAUUAACGUGAAUUUCUUGUUUGGCUGUCUGUGGGUAUAAAUUUAAAGUUAGUUGCUGAGAAAAUAUUAUUUUUAGUUGUUUUAUAAUUUUUUGCUAUUUUGUUAUUAAUGAGAAUGUCAUAUUUUAGUUCAAUGUUAUAUGCUCGGUUAUAUUAAGGUAUUUGUUUUUACCUUUAAUGUUAUUAAUGUAAACAUUUGUACAAGUUCUGUCUUUGAAUUUUGUUUUUUUAUUUAAAUGUUUUUUAUGUAUUAAAAUUUGAUUGAAA